AUGAGUUUGUCGGGGAAGAAGUCUCGCGCCGUGGCCGGAGGAGCCCAGCAAUGGCUCUCAACCAUCGUUAUGUUCGUGGUGGCUCUCUUGCUGACCCUGGGACCUACACAUAUUCAAGGUAGCUGUGAUAUCUUUCGUGGGAAGUGGGUUCCUGAUUCUUCUGGGCCGCUGUACACGAGCAGCUCUUGCCCUCAGAUCAUACGCGCGGAGAACUGCCAGGCGAAUGGGCGGCCGGACAAGGGAUAUGAGAACUGGAGAUGGAAGCCCGAGCGGUGCGCUCUCCCGCGCUUCGAUGCGAGGAGGUUCCUGAAGAUGAUGAGGGGCAAGACACUUGCUUUCGCUGGGGAUUCUAUCGCCCAGAACCAGAUGGACUCUCUCCUUUGCAUCCUAUGGCAGGUGGACACCCCAAUAAACCUUAGUGAUCGUAGGAUGAGCAAGUGGAUCUUCAAUUCAACCUCAACAACUAUCAUCCGCAUCUGGUCAGCUUGGCUAUUACACAAUUCAAAAGAAGCUGUGGGAAUUGCUCCCGAGGGUCUUAAUAAGGUUUUCCUCGAUGUCCCGGAUAAGACUUUGAUGGAGUUGCUUCCAAGUUUCGAUGUGCUUGUCCUCUCUUCCGGACAUUGGUUUGUCACACCAUCAGCCUAUAUCCUGAAUGGCAAGGUCGUUGGAGGGCAGGGCUGGUGGCCUCUUCAAGCAGGAAAGAUGCAGAUGAACAACAUUGAUGCUUUUGGUGCAUCCACUGAGACUUUCCUAACUGCUGUGGCUACUAACCCGAAUUUCAAAGGUAUAGCUAUUUUGAGAACAUACUCUCCAGACCAUUACGAACGUGGGGCAUGGAAUGUAGGUGGAUCAUGCACUGGGAAGGAUAAGCCCUUGGAUAAGGCGGUGAAGGAUGGAUUCAUAGAUGCAAUGUAUGGAAAACAAGUUGCGGCCUUCAAAAAGGUAGUCAAGAAUUCUGGGAAACAGGGUUCCAAGUUGAAACUGAUGAGCAUCACAGAACCCUUUGCCUUAAGGGUUGAUGGGCAUCCUGGACCAUACACAAAUCUGGACCCAAACAAGAAGACUCAAAGAGGGCCGGAUGGAAGGCCUCCAUCUCAGGAUUGUCUGCAUUGGUGCAUGCCAGGACCUAUAGAUACAUGGAACGAGAUGCUAUUUGAGACCAUACGAAGAUAA